AUGACAUUUGAAGAAUUCACUCACAAGGUCUUAGAAAAAUUCGACAUUUCCCUUCAUGUGAGGAGGAUGCACUACACCCUCAAGUUUAACCCUAGAGUCAUCCAAGAUUUGGAAGAUGAGGAUGACUUGGAUAACGUGGUUUCCCACAGUGAUGACUUUGCAAAUGUGUACAUAGUCAAGUCACCUGGUGUGGAAGCCAUAGAGGCAAAUAUACCGAAUACACAAUUGUCACUUGGAGGUCCACAUCCUACGUUUCCUUCGUCUAAUGCAUCAUGCGAUGUAAGUCCUAAUACUAUGAUGUUACCAAGAGGUUUUGCAUCGCGUUGUGCAGAUAAUGAGUACACCCCUUUGGAAUCGAAUCAGUUUCGUGAGGCAAUAUUAGGUUCUGGACAUACAUUUAAGAAUGCAAAUGAGUUUCGGAAUGCAAUAUACCAAAUGUCAUUAGCUGGAAGGUUUCAAUACAAGUACAAGAAAAAUUCACCUACUCAUAUGUCAGUAAAGUGUUCGGUUGAGGAUUGUCCUUGGAAGAUAACAGCUCAUGCUGUUGAAGGAAAUGAAAUAUUGCGAGUUUAUACUUACCAAAGAGGUGUUGUUGUUGUUGAAGACGUGUUUAGAACAACUCCAGAAUACCUUCCUCGACAAAUUUGCAAGGAUUUUGAACGUGAUCAUGGAGUUCAAUUGACUUAUAACCAAGCAUGGCAUCUUAAAGAGAAGGCAAAAGAGCGUUUAUAUGGAUCUCCACGUGCGUCCUACGCGUUUUUGCCUUGGUUAUGCCAUAGGCUAAGGGAAAUUAACCCUAGAACUAUUGUCGAGUACACUUCUCAUGAAGGUCACUUCAAGCAAUUGUUCAUUGCCCAUGCAUUUUCAAUUCAAGGGUUCACCAUGGGGUGUCAACCGGUAUUGGCUAUUGAUUCUUGCCACCUAAGUGGUCCAUACAAAGGAGCUCUUUUGUCUGCCAUUGCAUAUGAUGCAGAUAAUGGAAUGUUCCCUCUAGCCUUAGGUGUGGUUGGUUCAGAAAAUUAUGAGGAUUGGUACUAG